AUGGUGCAUCCUCACCAAGUGUACCAGGGCGUUACACCACACAUGGUGAAUCCGUAUGGCUACAACGCCGGUCUCCCACCUUUGGUGCCCACCAUGGUUCCACAAAGUUACGGCAAGCCUGCUGGAGGUGCGUACCAGCAAAUGCCUCCACAAGGCAGCCAGGGAUCGAGCCAGGAGCUCGACCAGAACAAUGCAUUGGUGAACAAGCGGCGAAUCAUCAAGAGAAGAACGAGGACAGGCUGCCUCACAUGUCGCCGGAGACGCAUCAAGUGUGACGAGCGGAAACCACACUGCUACAAUUGCGAGAGAUCCAAGAAGCUUUGUCUUGGCUACGAGAUUGUGCCCGUGCCCACACACAAGGACCCAGAGUACCUUCGCAAAAAGGCGGAGCGGGCAGCGGUCCAGGAGCGGCCCACGCUUCGUGAGCUGGCGGCGGUUUACAAUUCCCAAUGA